AUGAAUCUUGAGCUCACCAAUCCCUUCGCCCAGAGCUUUCCAGAGACGAUAGACUGCUCACUCGACAGCUAUGCGAGCAUCGUCAAAUUCAAUUCUGGCGGCCUCUUUGCAGGUCACUUCAUCGCCGUCGGCCGCUCAGAUGGCUGCAUCAGCAUCAUCGACUUUGAGACAAAGGGCACUAUCAAAUUCUUCGAAGGCCAUGUCAAGGCCAUCACGUCCAUCUGCUGGUCAAAGAACGGUCGCUAUCUACUGAGUGCAUCCAAAGACUGGAACGUCAUCAUCUGGGAUGUCGAGACGGGCGAACGUCGCGACGCUGUCAGGUGCGAUGCACCCGUCACUAACGCGCAAUUCCAUCCUCGCAACAGUAAGGUGCUCGUCGCUACGCUGCAGAACCAAGCCGACGCGAUGCUGAUCGACCUGCGCAAGCAACGCGGCGGACGCUGGCUCCUUGAGGCUGAGCAGGAAGACGAUAUGGACACGACAGACGAUCAGGCGCCAAAGAAGGCCCCGCGCAGAAGGAAUGCGGCCACUGCGGUCACCUUCAACACGACCGGCGAGCUCAUCUUUGUCGGCACAAGCCAAGGCAGUCUGCAUAUCUACGAGACUGCCACGCGCCAGUUGCUUCAUACUGAGAUCGUCUCUCCCAACUCGGCGUUGAGAGGCUUGCGCUUCGACAAACGGGGCGCCUCUUUGGUCGUCAAUUCAGGCGACAGAUGCGUUCGGAUCUAUGCGAUGGACGCGCAAGACGGAAGCAUGAUCAUGCAACACAAAUUUACCGAUCUCAUCAGUCGCACACCCUGGAAAGACUGUGCAUUCUCACCAGACGGCGACUACGUCAUCGGCGGCGCAGAUUCAAGCUCUUCCCAUAAUGUCUACAUCUGGGAUGUCGCCACCGGCACGCUCACAAAGAUUCUCGAAGGUCCGAAAGAUCCUCUAGAGGCGAUAGACUGGCAUCCCCUCAAGCCGAUCGUGAUCAGCGCAUCGAGCCUCGGGCUGAUCCAUGUCUGGGUCACCAGUACGACAGAAAGCUGGUCCGCCUAUGCGCCUGGCUUCGAGGAGCUUCAAGAGAACGUCGAGUAUCAAGAAGCAGAGGACGAAUUCGACAUUGAAGACGAGACGAUCGUGAAGCAGAGGAAGCAAGACGAACAAGACUUUCCAGUCGAUGCUUUCACGAUCGACCGGCCUGCUACGCCGCCGCUAGAUGACUAUGCAGAUGAAUCGCCUGACGAGGACGCUUUCGAGUUCUAUCCUACCGUGGCUGGACCAGGUCGAGGCCGUCUAGAAGAGCUCGUCUAG